CUUCUCUUUUCUUUGGUUUAGGGUUCGCGGAAGUUGGAGAGGGUUUGGGUAUCCUCGAGGUGGUGAUUAAAAAUGGAGGAAUAAUCAGUCUCUGAUCAAGUCAAUCCUGCUUGUGGUGUACCAAGAGUUUUUCACUUCUUAGAGAUUAGUUACAGAACAAGAACAUGGGUGUCGGAAAGGAUGGGCUCAGUAACCUAUAUGACCCACUUCUUCACCAUAUCUUCUCAUUCCUUCCGUUCAAACGCGUUGUUGCAACCUGCAUUUUGUCUAAAAGAUGGAAGAACUUGUGGAUAUCUUCUCCAGUUAUCAAUAUCCAAGAAUGGCGGAGGCACUCUCGAUACCGGUUUCUAGAAACUAGAGGUGAAAACACAGGUCAGGAAGACGAAGAUUGGUCUGAGACAACCGGGUUGGUAAAUUUUAUGGAUAGACUACUAGAUCAAUCUUAUCCUCUAUUCCGUGAUGAUUUGCCUAAUGUAAAGAAAUUUUGCCUUGAUUAUGAUAGUACCUAUGCUACAUGAUGAGGACUUGAAUGCGCAGUUAUUUUCAAAUUCCCCUGUCCUCGAAGAAUUGAUGUUGAGUAAUUGUUACAUGAUGAUAACAAAGGUUUUACAUAUUUCAGUUGCUUCAUUGAAGCGGUUAUUCAUUACAAACUCCAAGAUGUAUAGUUGCAAGCUCAACAUUUAUGCACCAAAUCUACAGUCUCUAACAUACAAUGGCAUGCCAGAGGGUUAUGCUAAUACAGAGCAUGUGUUUUCAUCAGUAGUUGAUGCACACAUUGACAUUACUGAUGAAAGUCGUGCGAAUAAAAAUUCGAAGAGGCAGUGUGGCCUUAAAAAACUUGUUGAAGGCAUUUCAAGUGUAAAGAUCCUACACAUUUCUGGCUCCACCCUCACGAGUUUCUUCUGGGGAGAGAUGAAUCAGAUGAUGCCUAUUUUUCAUGAUUUGAGACGAUUGGAUGUGAGUUCAAAGCUUUCACGUUGCAUGUUUUAUGCGUUACUUAAUCUCCUCCUUAAGGUGCCUAAUUUGGAAUCAGUUGUCAUUGCUCAGGGUUUUUCUUCAUCCCAAAACUAUCAUGAUUUAGAUACAUUUAGGAGGCGGGAGUGUGUGUUACAACAGCAGAAAGCAGUCGAAGUUCGGGAGAUUGAUGGGAAACACGAAGACCUUGAUAUGAUAAAAUUCGUUUUACGGAACUCACCUGCCUUGCAGAAAAUGACAAUUGCAUUCCUUUCAGGCUUACCGCAGUGCAGGCGGGAUAGAGUAACGAAGAAGAUACUGAUGCUUCCAAAAGUCUCUACCUGUAGCUUGAUCAAUUUCUUGGCGUAAAACAUGCAAGAAAGUGUUUGGUUGUCUUUCCUAAGUAUCGUUUUCCUUCUUCUUUUUUUUCCUGUAUGAACUAUGGUCAAUAGCUUAGCAUGUCAGUGCCAUCCGCGUUGUGAUGUUGUUUGUUUGUUGAUACUUUUUGACACCUUUUUGUUGAUGCUCUUUAGUUCCGAACUCACUCAUAAUAGUUU